AUGAAGUCCCACACCACUUGCCACCCUCAAUCUAAUCCAGCUCUUGGGUCAGAGUUAAUCAGCCAGCAAUGUGAUGAAUACCUAACAGCAGCUAAACAUUGCAGGAGGAGAUUAUCUGCCUCAAAAGAGCAAUCACAGAUAUCUACAGCAACACAGAAUGUCCUUAUUAGGUUGAGCAGCUUCCUUCUAACAAAAAACACUGGAAGAAAGAUAUAUGCCGUUUUGAAAGGUUUAUGCAUUUUUAGGGUAUCAAAAAAAAAAGCAGUCUCUCGCUCAGGUGCUGGUUUGCUCUGCGGGGUUGGGGAGCGUGAGUCUCCAUUUGGAUUGCGAAAUCAUUACUACACUCCUCCAACCCAGAGCUCCUAUCUUUUGGAAUAAACAAGGAGAAAAUAACAAACCCAAAUCUGUAAAGACUUUGUUUUGAAUGCAAGUUUCCUCCUACACUUUCUACGGGACUGUCCACCGCCUCCUCCCCCCAGCCCUUGGCAACUUUCCCAUUGAUUUCAGGGGAACAAUGAUUCAGUGAAAUCUACAAAAAGAAACUUACCAGAAAUUUACCAGCUGCUGAAUGAAGGAGAGAGGCAGAGAGAGAUAUAGAGAGGGAGAGAGGGAGAAUACACACACACAUAAAGUCACUUUAGUGAAAAACAUAAAAGAACGCUUAGCUUUUGGAAAGAAAAUCUCUUGCUUAUUCUUCCAAAAACCAUCAAAGGCUGAUUUUAAAGGGAAUUUUCUAUUUAUUGAUUUAUCAUCAUCAUCAUCAUCAUCAUCAUCAUCUCUCUUGCCUUUUAUCCAUUUCUCUUUCCUGCCUUGAAGCUGUGCAAGAAGGAACAUAUAGGCCUGGGAGAUGCACUCACCCGUUCCAAAGGAUAGAUGUCGCACCAGAGCCCCCUGUCCUUCCCCAAAUGAGUUAUCUGAAUUUCAAGUUACAAGACAAACAACUGUGCAAGCUUGAGGAGGAGGCUGCCAGCUCUGUUUUGGAGCAAACUGAGAGCAGUGGGAAGAAAGAGAAAAAGAGAGGGCACACACACAAACAUCUCUCCUCAAGAGCCCAGAUGAAAACAAGGCAUCUGCUGGUUUUUGAAGAACAAACUUUGAGCCAUGUGUGUCUUCUGAUUCAGCAAGGACUCUCUGUGUGUGGGAACAGCUGCUGAAGCGCUGAAGUUGUCCAUCACUCUCUAGAAUACAGGAGUGACAGAACGGGAGGUUUGGGCAGAAAGCAUCAGCUUCAAGAACUACAAGCAGCAGUUGCUGCUGCUGCUGCUGCUGCUGCUGAUUCAGUCCGCUGAGCCAACGCUGCUGACUGCAAGAGGAGCCAGUAUUUCCCUUCCAAAGAAAGAGAAAGGUAAAUGAAGGAGCUUUGUAGCUAGAUGUGUAGAAUAAUAUCUCCAAGCAACAGUGUCUAGAUGGGUUUUUUUAAAGGGGAAGGGGUUGAGGGACUUUGUAGCGGAGAGCAGAGCUAGCUAUUCUGCAUUGUUUCUUAUGAUCUUUUCUCUUCUUUUUCCCCUGUCUGUUGAGCAUGAAAGGACAGUAAAUAAAGUGUGAGAGAACUGAAGCUUGCCAUUAUAUACCCUGUGGAUGCUGUGCAGCAGUUUUGUCUGCUUUAGAUGCUCUGGGGCAAGCAUCAAGACAGAAAAGAAAAGAAAUAGGUUAGAUAGCCCCCCAAAGCAGGUUUCUGAUGCAGGUUGUCUGUCCAUCCCCAUGACAUUUCUCUAUACCUGGAUCAUCUUUAUGUGUUCUCCCUGGUGCCUACCUUGCAUAUACAGGAUUGGGGGAAAGGGGAUGAGUGUGUUUUAAAUCACUUUUAAGAACUGAGCCGUAUGAGACAUGGAAUUUCAAUCUCAGCUGCUCCACAAGCAAAUAUAGGGAUGGGAUGUGACUGGGAAAGAUACCAGUUUAGGACCCACUGAUGCUUUUACAUUAGAAAUGCAUAGCCGAGAGGCUCUAGAAAAGGGACGGGGAAGUUGGCAAAGACAAGCCACCAGCUGGCUUGUGGAGUGACCUUACUGUCAUCAUUUGUUCGCUCUGUGUCUUUUAUCAAGCAGAUGAUGAUGAUAUGCUGUUAGAAAACUAGCUGGAGUAGUUCCUUGAGAGAAAGUGCUAACAUUCAACAUGUGGAUGUAAGGAUGGGCUAAUAUGAUACCCUUAAAUUAGUGAUGGACUUAAAUAGCAUGAACCUGAUAUUAAAAAGCCUCUAUCUAUCUAUCUAUCAUCUAUCUAUCUAUAUCUCAUAACUAGUAAAUGGGCAAGACAUCCUUGUUCAUUUUUUAUAAUGUACUGUUUGGGUGGGUGUGCACAUGCACGCACACACACACACACACACACACACACCCUGAGGGGUGUUCUGUGAGACAAUAAAGGUGAUUUUGGUGAGUCAGAAAAGCUGCAGCAACACGGAGAAGGGAAGAGAGAGAGUCUGUGUGGUGCAUGAAAGACAACAGCUUCACUUUGCUUUGGAAUUUCAGAGGCAAUUAGAAGAAUGGUGGCUGCAGGAAUCAAAGUGGACCUCCAUGCACUAAGCUACAGAGCUAACAGAUGGAAUGCUUAGAAGCCCUUUCAGAAUCAAUACCUGGGCAAAUGGAACCAGAUUGCAACAAAAGUGUCAUAAAGCAAUACGAAUAAGACUGCAAUCUGGGUGCUCUACUGAAAAACUACCAGUUGCAUGCCAUGCUAGUUUCUACUCAGAGAAAAAAAAAAGUUAAUGGCUAUGGCUUACUUAGGUUCAUUGAUUUCCAUGAGUCUAUUCAGAGUUUAAAUUAGCUGGAUGCAACCCAAUGUCUCAGUUUACUUCUGUAGCUCUGCACCUCCACUUGUUGAGGAGUGCCUAUACCAAGAGAACCAAUGUGGUUUAGUGGUUGCAGCAUCAGACUGGGGCCUGGGAGACUAGGGUUCAAAGCCACAUUCAGACAUGAAGCUUGCCUUGGGCUAGUCCCCCACCUCACAAGGUUGUUGUGAGUAUAUUAUGGAGAGGAGAGGACUGAAUAUAUUCCCCCUUGAACUGCUUGAAGGAAAGGUGAGAUAUACAGAGAAUCAUAGAAUUGUAAUAAUAAUAAAAAUAAAUAUAAAUUUUAUUAUUUGUACCCCACCCUUGAGGGUCCAGCCUCCUGCAAUGCAGGAAUCUUUUGCCCAGUGUGGGGCUCAAAUUCAUGACCCUGACAUUAAGAGUCUCAUGCUCUACCGAGUGAGCUAUUGAGGGGAUAUAUGUAAUAAUAAAUAGUAAAGUAAAUACCUCUACUAAGGUAAUAAAUUAGACAGUUUAGUGAAGGUGGGGAAUGAGGUUGAGUACCAAGUACCAGUGCCACUUGCUUGACCUUGGGCAAGACAUUCAAACUGCCUUUGCUUUGCUUCCCACCUCUUUAAGAUGAGGUUGCAGUGGAAUGCUGAAAAGGGGGUUUGGGUUUUUUUGGGGGGGUUAUGUAAAAGAGAGCUACAGACUAAAUCUGCAUGGGAAAGAAAAAAUAUUAUUGCCAAUACAACAUACACAAGUAUUAAUGUGUGUGUGUAAUAGUGGGAUGUACAAAUCUGUCAAGAUGGACUAUGAACAGCUGAUUAUGAUAUUAAGGACCAUUAGACAGACAGAGAGAUAGAUUAGAUAGAUUAGAUAGAUAGAUAGAUAGAUAGAUAGAUAGAUAGAUGAUAGAUAGAUAGAUUAUAGAUAAAUAGAUAGAUAGAUGAUGAUUGAUAGAUAGAUGUUUUCAUUGCAACACAAUAAAUGGCGGGGGUUGUGUUUCAAACAGGGCACAAAGCAUUGAUCAAUUAAUUGCUACAACUGGGCUGAUUCAAUGGCAGAUAAUGCUUUUUAAGUGGACCUGUGAUUUAUUAGACUUCACUAUCUAGGUCAUACAACAUCCUCGGCUUAAAUGUGGGACAGAAGCUCUCUGCGUGACAUCCAAACACAGGGAUAAAGCACCUUGACAUGAAGAACACCAAACUUCAUAGUGGGAAAACGCAAUGAAGUUAUUUACUGGGGGAUCCAAAGCACUUUUAUUCAGAAAUGAACCCCACUGAGUUCAGUGGGCUUUACAACAGAGGCUGCAAUCCUAAUCCCAUUUACCUGCAAGUAAACUCUAUUGCAAUCAAUAGGAUUUACUUCCGAGUAGGCACAUUUCUGAUUGCAUUAUAAGUGUGCAUAGGACUAUAAUCCUAGUGCAGGUUUGCAAAAUUAUCUGGAUGUUGUUGGAUUACAAAUCCCAUCAUUCCUGGCUCUGCUGGCUGCAGCUGAGGGGAGCUGGGGUGCAACAAUAUCUUUAAAAACCACAAGUUUCCCCCUUCCUGCCCUAGUGUAAGAUGAAAGAUCAUCUUUAGAAGAACUAGGGCAGGGUUGGGGAAGCUUGCUCAGCUUGAAGGCUGUAUUGCCCUAUGGGCAACACACCUGGAGCUGCAUGUUGGUGGCGGAUGCAGCCAGAGGCAAAAUUGAGCAGAGCAACAGAUGUGACUCUCAAUUCACAUGACAAAAUAAUGCUCCAUCCUCAUUUGGGGUUCUAGAACAAUACUCAUGGGUCGCUAGUUCAUAUUUUUUUUCCCAAGAGAGAUGCCCCAAGGCUUCUUUUGUCAGCCGUGACAACAAUUUUGCUAUUUCACUUUUGAUACAUCCACAGGUUAGAAAAUUAGUCAAGAUGUUUUAAAAGAUGGCUUGGGAAAUAAGCAAGGGUGACCCUGAUUUGGGGCUUCCCAUGGGCAUAUGGAUGGUCACUGUGAAAGAAGAAGUUGAUGAGCCUUUGUUCUGAUCUAGGAGGGCUCCUCUGGUGUUCUUAAACAGAUAUAUCUAUAGCUAUAUGUCAUUUGAAAUGUAACAUUGCAUAAAGAGUACAUAAACUAAAUAGAACAUUGAGAACCCGCUUUGUCUUUCAUAACAUCUUUCUCUGAGUUUUGCCUUGUUGCUGCAUUGUUUACAGUUCCCCCCUCCCUCUAUAUCAUGUAGAAAUCUAUAUCUUCCAGAUCUAUGCAGCUGAUAAAGUUGGCUGUAGUCCACAUAAGCUUAAGCAACAAUAAAUUUUUCAGUCUAUAAGAUGCAACAUGUGUGUGUUCCUGUAUUUUUAUCUGCCUCUGACUAUGCUUGCUAUAAAGCCACUCCCGAGCUAAGGGGGGGGGGUUGCGGGCUCACGCCCCCAUCCCCAUUCUCGCGGGGCUGGCGCCAGCCCUGCAGGAUUUAGAGAUCCCAUUAUUAAUGUCCGGCAGUGCCAGCCAAUGGGCGGGCGCUGGGGGUGGGCCCACCGGAGGGCACUUAAGGUCAGGGCAGCCCGGGCUCGCCCCUUUUCCUCCGCUUCACCAGCCGCAGUUUGGAGCUGCAGUUUGGCUUUUCGUGCGUUUUUCUUUUGCUGCUUUGUAUUCUUUGUGGUUUUUUCGGAGGCCUCAGCCAACUCCUGCAGCCCACCUGCCUUUCUGUUUACAACUGGUGCUGGGGCAGAACUGCCUGUCCUCCUCCUGCUGCUGCUUAGUCUCAGGGAUGCCCUUGCAGAACUCAGCAGGGAGGAGGAUGGGACAAAGCAGGAAUUAGUUGGCUCUGCCUGUCACUCGCUCUGGCUCCACCUACUCUUGGCUUCUGGGCCUUCUGUACCAAUGAGGACCGGCCACCACUGCCUGUAGCAGACUAGUAAAACUAAUCCUCUUGAAUAAGGUUCCUAGAAAUCAAAGCAAACAUACCUUGUGACAUUUCUUUAUUACCGUAGUAGAAAACCUGUGACCCUCAAGCGGUUGCUGGACUUCAGCUGCCAUCAGACCCAACCAGCAUGGCCAGUGGCCAGGGAUGAUGGGGGUUGUAAUCCCCAGGUUCCCCACCCCUGCUUUAUGGGGUAAAGGUAAAGGUAAAGGGACCCCUGACCAUUAGGUCCAGUUGUGGAUGACUCUGGGGUUGCGGCGCUCAUCUCACUUUAUUGGCUGAGGGAGCCGGCGUACAGCUUCCAGGUCAUGUGGCCAGCAUGACUAAGCCGCUUCUGGUGAACCAGAGCAGUGCACGGAAACACCAUUUACCUUCCCGCUGGAGCGGUACCUAUUUAUCUACUUGCACUUUGACAUGCUUUCGAACUGCUAGGUUGGCAGGAGCAGGGACCGAGCAACAGGAGCUCACCCCGUCAUGGGGAUUCAAACCUUCUGAUCCGGAAGCCCUAGGCUCUGUGGUUUAACCCACAGCACCACCCGCGUCCCUUGCUUUAUGGGGUACUAUGCUUUAAUUCUCCUUUUUGUCAUGCAACAGGUUUGGUGAUGUGUUUGGAGUCUCAAGAGUCCCUGUAGUUUUCAAUGACUGGCAUGCUCACACUCUGUUUGUGUAACCAUUCUCUCAUUUGUUUUCUCAUCUGGGACCCUCUGUUCAUGAAUUGCAAGAGAUAAGACAAUGGCCAAUUCCACGCAGGCAAUUGCUGUGGAAUAAUCACAGUUCGCCCACUCACUUUUUAUAGGGCAUUUAAAUGACACCAUGAACAAAACACACCUACCUACUCAUCAGCUGGGAUAGCUCAGUCAGUAGAGCAUGAGACUCUUAAUCUCAGGGUUGUGGGUUCAAGCCCCACAUUGGGCAAAAUGUGGAUUCCUGCAUUGCAGGGAUAGAUUAUCCCUGUGGUUCUUUCCAACUCUGAGUCUAUGUUUUCCCUGUUGAGCUUCCAUUUUGCUACUUAGAAAAUCCAUUCUUUUUUAACACAACAAAAUAGCUUCCCCGGGUGUAGGCGACCUACUCUUCUGUUAUUCUGCUGGCUUGUGUAUAUUGCUGUAGCCAUUUCCUAGUUUGCUGUGGCCCAGUCUUUCCCAACCCAGACUACAGUUCCCAUCAGCAUGGCCAAUAGACAGCAACGAUGGGAUUUGUAGUUCCUGGUUGGUGUUCCUGGUGUUGAUUUUUUCAUGCUGAUGAUAAAACCAUAUCUUUGUUUAUAUCUGUGCAGAUCUAAGCAAUGAUGAAGACUAUGUCCAGUGGGAACUGCACCUUGAAUGUGCCAGCCAAAAACUCCUACCGCAUGGUUGUCCUUGGAGCCUCCAGGGUGGGCAAGAGCUCCAUCGUCUCACGGUUUCUCAAUGGCCGCUUUGAGGACCAGUACACACCCACGAUUGAGGAUUUCCAUCGCAAAGUCUACAACAUCCGGGGUGAUAUGUAUCAGCUAGACAUCUUGGACACAUCUGGGAACCAUCCAUUCCCUGCCAUGAGGAGACUUUCCAUACUCACAGGUUAGACAUGUGAUUGUGUGUGAGAGGAGGGGGUUACCAGGGGCUCCUCCUAGUGGACCCAAGUCAAUGCACAUCAGUUUGAGUAAGGAGAGGCAGGGGUUCAAAUCAGUCCCAGGUGCUUGCAAUGCCUGUUUGCAAGGUUUGGCUCAUGUUAUCUUUGUACUCCCAUUUCCAAGGAGUUGCCAGCUGGGAUCCACAGAAUUCAGCCACCUCCCUGUGCCCAAGAACAGUUUGGGUUUGGGUUUCCUGAACAAAGAGCUCCUGUGCUACAUGGCAAGGAGCUCUUAACUGAAAUAAGUUUCUGGAGAAGUGUCUGAUAUGGCUUGGGAGUCCGUAGCUCAAUGGGGUAAUAAUUAUAUAUAUAUAUAUAUAUAUAUAUAUAUAUAUAUAUAUAUAUAUGGCUGUAUAUGAGCCCUCUGACUGUUCUCCUAGAAUGGCUCUUUUUGCUCCUAGUUGUUGAUUCCCUAAUAUUUUGUUUAACAGGUGUGGCUGAGAGCCAAAAGUGCAGAAUAAUUAAAAUAAACUGGGGUAUUCUUUAAUUCAAUGAAAGAGGACCCCUUGCCAAUUGCUCUCUCUUUGGAGAGCCAUCUGCGUUCACCCACGAUAUGGAAUAUGCUCUCAUGGGCUGAUUUUUAUUGGGUGUCUCUAUGCCUCCUCUAUAGAAAAUGUAAAACACUGAGUGAGAUAUAAUAACUCUCUGGGCCCACCUUAGUAUUCCACUGAGAACAGAAAUGAGUCUGGUCAGGUCAAAACUGUAAGAAAACCAGGUAUCCAGAUAAUGAAAUCAUGCUAGGAUCGGCCCAUCCAUGAAGCAAACUGAGGCAGCCGCCUCAGGCAGCAGAAUCCAAGGAGCACCUUUGCAGGUGUGCUCUCCGCUGCCCCACCCCCACUGCCAGAGAAGCAAGGAGAUAUGGCUAUGGAGGCUUCUGGGUUCUGGCAAGAUCUCGCCACAGCCAUGAGAUCCCAGUAAAGGGGGGGGGGACAGGAGGAGGAUUUUGGCACACAUGCAAAAGUUUGAUAGACCUGUCAGUAUGUUGUUAUAAAACAUUAUUUUGCUAAAAAUCCAUGUCAUCUUAAUUCAUUCCAUUCUUUACAAUGAAAGCUCUGUAAAUAGCAUUCCUUUUAUCCAAACACAGGUUCUCUAAAUGUUUUGGUUAGACCAUAUGUUUGGUUAUAUCACAGAGUGAGGAAGUAUGCUUCUGAAUACCACUUGGUUGAAACAUCAGGAAGGGGAAGUGCUUUCGCACCCAGGUCCUGCUUCUCAUAGUGAUCUGGUUGGCCACUGUGGGAGCAGUAUGUUGGGCUAGAUGGACUACUUGUGUGAUCCUACAGGAUCUUCUCAUGUUCUUAAUAUAGUUGGGAUAAACAAAUCCUUUGCUGUGUAUGACUUUUCCAUUAUCUUUUCUAAGAGAGGUUGUAAUGGAUUGGCUUAAUUUGUUUCCCCCUCUUGAAAUAUUGCAGGAGACGUUUUCAUCUUAGUGUUCAGUUUGGAUAGCAGAGAGUCCUUUGAUGAGGUCAAGAGGCUGCAGCAGCAGAUCCUUGAAGUCAAAUCUUGCCUGAAGAACAAGACCAAGGAAACAGGUGACCUACCCAUGGUGAUCUGUGGCAACAAAAAUGAUCAUGGUGAACUGUACCGCAAAGUUCGCUCUGAGGAAGCAGAGAAGCUGGUCUCUAGCGAUGAGAACUGUGCUUACUUUGAAGUCUCGGCCAAGAAGAACACCAAUGUCAAUGAGAUGUUCUACGUUCUAUUCAGCAUGGCCAAGCUGCCCCACGAGAUGAGUCCCGCCCUUCACAGGAAGAUCUCUGUCCAGUAUGGGGACACCUUCCACCAAAAAUCCUUCAGGAUGCACAGGGUCAAAGAGACAGAUGCCUAUGGCAUGAUCUCCCCCUUUGCUCGCCGACCCAGUGUCAACAGCGACCUGAAAUACAUCAAAUCCAAAGUCCUCAGAGAAGGGCAAACGAGAGAAAGGGAGAAAUGCACUAUCCAGUGA